AUGUCUGGAGCCAGCUCUUCUUCCACACCGCCAAACGGUGUGUUGCAAAACCCAAAACUCAGUGCUUUAGGCAAAGCAUUUUCACAAAUUGACCUCGAUGGUCACGAUAUGCCUCCGUCACCCGCACCGUCUAGCCCACGGCCUGGAAAGCAGUACUCCAUUGCUACGCAGCUUGUCUAUUCCGAGGGCAACGAUCAGUACAAUGCUAGCAGCGUGCCGAUCUAUCAGUCUGCCACGUUCAAGCAAACCUCAGCGACUGGUGGCGUGUCCAACGAAUAUGACUAUACUCGUAGUGGCAACCCUACCAGAACCCACCUCGAGAAGCAUCUAGCUAAGAUUAUGCGAGCAAAAAGAGCUUUGGUUGUGUCAUCGGGUAUGGGUGCUUUGGAUGUGAUUACCAGACAGCUCAAGCCAGGCGACGAGGUUGUUACAGGAGAUGACUUGUACGGUGGUUCACACCGUUUGUUGAAAUACCUCUCUACAUAUGGCGGAAUAGCUGUUCACCACGUUGAUACGACCGACAACGCAGCUGUACAAAAGGUUAUAACUCCAAAGACAGCUAUGGUUCUUCUCGAGACACCCACAAAUCCUCUUAUCAAGAUUGUCGACAUACCAUCAAUUGCGACGCUUGCCCACGAAGCGAACCCGCAAUGCAUAGUGAGUGUGGACAACACCAUGCUGUCUCCACUAUUGCAAAAUCCUCUCGAACUAGGUGCGGAUAUUGUUUAUGAGUCUGGCACAAAAUACUUGUCUGGCCACCACGAUCUUAUGGCUGGUGUACUAGCCAUUAACGACGAAGCCUUAGGAGAAAAGCUGUUUUUCACAAUUAAUGCUUCGGGCUGCGGACUAGCACCAUUCGAUUGCUGGCUGCUAAUGAGGGGCAUAAAAACGCUGAAGGUGCGUAUGGAUGCACAACAAGCGAAUGCAAUGAAGAUUGCGAAAUUCCUGGAGUCAGCAGGCUUCAAAGUGCGCUAUCCAGGCCUCAAGUCACACCCACAGUACGAAUUGCACAACUCGAUGGCACGAGGACCUGGUGCAGUCCUCUCUUUCGAGACAGGAGAUAUUCUGUUGUCAGAAAGAAUCGUCGAAACCGCGAAACUGUGGGCCAUUUCUGUCUCAUUCGGCUGUGUAAACAGCUUGAUCAGCAUGCCUUGCCGCAUGUCUCACGCAAGCAUCGAUGCGAAGACGAGAGCGGAGCGAGGCGUACCUGAAGAUCUCAUUCGAUUAUGUGUAGGUAUUGAGGACGGGGAUGAUCUCCUGGAUGACCUCAGGAGUGCGCUCGUGCAAGCAGGGGCUAUGAACGUCACUCUUGAUGGCAUUGAAGCCAGGAACCGAACGCUCGAGCAGGAAGACCCUCCGGAGGGAGAGAUAAUCGCUGCUCAUGCUGCAGCAGCAAACGAGCCAUGA